AUGGAUUCCACAGAGGGGUAUACUGAAUCUAAUAAUAUACAGAAGUGUGAAAGACGAUCUUCCGCUACACUUAUCGAUCUAAGUUCCGAUGACUUCUUCCUAGAUUCAAAUGGGUCCCCUAUUGAUCCAAUUGAAAUCGAUGAGACAAUAAAAAUCCCAUUACCGAACCUAUUUUCAAGAACUAAGAGGAGAAGGUCGAUCGAUUAUGAUCACUUGGGCCACAAGAACGCCAAAAGUAAUGGAGUACGAUCUAUUGCUGGUGCCAUUUCUCGAAAUGCAAAGCUCUUGCAAGAGACGAAAGAGGCAAGAACACCUGAAGAAGAAAUGAUUAUAUGGCAACAAGAAUGGAGAAGUAAAUUGAAAGAUGGAUUGUCUGUUUAUUUUGACUCCAAGAAUGAUCCUAGGGCCAACAGAGUGAUGAAAAUGAAGUUAGAUAAAAAGAGAGACCUUUUGAAGCGAAAAUUCCAAUCAUACGGUGCCAAGAUUAUACCAUUUAUAGAUGGAAAUGUUAAUUUAAUAAUCACAAGGCAAAGUAAUCCCACUAUAUUAUCGGCUAAUAAAGAUCUGAAAGUUUGGGAUUAUGAUAAAACUACUAGAUUCUUCCAGAACCUUGAGACAAAUUUAAGUUCCCUACAAGCCACUAUUGGGGGAAAUUCUACGUAUAGCAUGCCUAAGGAUGAAAAUGUUCAUUAUUUUGGAAACUCAUUUGUUUAUCUUUAUGAUCUUAAACAGGAAUAUGCACCAAUAAUAAAAAAAGAAUGGUCCCCUGAAGACCUUCGAGAUAUGAAAAAUCUGCCCUAUCCAAUAGUAAGAAGGGGGACAUACGGGAGGUGUCCCUUUAUUGGCGAUAAAAUGAUUGAUGAAAGUUCAUGUGAACGAAUAAUGAAAAGGUAUAGGCGUGAUAAGAUACAUAAAAAAUAUGCCCUUAAUCUCCAUGCAUUAUAUUGUCACCAUGCCCAGCCUUCCUUGCAACCUUUCAACGAAAAAACAUGCACCAUUCCACAUACCAAAUUAGAUUCUAAAAUUUGUUACGAAAAAUGUAAACUGAAACACCCAAGCAGUCCAAUGAAAUCAAAACAUAGUGCGAGCUUUAAUGAAAGUAUACUAGCAGAUGAAAAACUAGGUGUAUCUUUGCUGUCCAACGAGAAUAUCACUGACAUAGAUUCUAGUUGUCUUUCUUCCAAUAAUAGUUUUUCAAUAUCAGAUAGUGUACAUGAUUGUAACCCUAGCGGAAUAUAUGAAAGUAAUGAAAAAGUGAAUAUGACGGUACUUGAUCGUUCCAAAAUCGAUGCAUUUUCUUUAUAUUUGGAUUCUGAAACGAAAAUGAUCCCAGCGGCAAUGAACAAAGAUUUAUUAAGAAUAAGACAUGGUGAAAAUUGGACAAGGGAGCAAGGACCAAUAGGUGAUUAUAUUUCGUCUGAGAAGCAUACGAGAUCAAUGCUGAACGAGAAGAUUUAUGAUAAGAUCGACAGCUUAAUAAACAAUCUUCGUUCUUGA